AUGGGCGUAGAGAAGACAAUUCUUGUUGAUGGGACCGGAGAGAAGCCACAACAGGGGCAGAUGGUUUGGAUCGAGUACACGGGCUGGUUGAAAGACACAACCCAGCCAGAUAACAAAGGUGCCAAGUUCGACGCCUCGGAGUAUGGCGAAGAUUUCUCAACCCAGAUUGGCGUCGGAAUGCUUAUAAAGGGUUGGGAUGAAGCCGUUCUUGAUAUGAAUGUCGGCGAGAAGGCCAUUCUCGACAUCACCAGUGACUACGCCUAUGGACAGAGAGGCUUCCACGGUCAUAUCCCCCCAAACGCAGAUCUGAUAUUGUGA